CUAGAAUGCUUUCUUCAGGAUCUCUUCUUAUUCUUUAUAAUCUUCAACUUCUUCUAUUUCCAGUGAUGAUCAUAUUGUUCUUAUCCUUGUCAGCUGCAGCAGGAGCAUCUCCGGCGAGUACUAGUAUUUCAAAGGCGGGUUGCCAAGAAAAAUGUGGGAAUAUAAGUAUUCCAUACCCUUUUGGAAUCAGAAGUCCAAAUUGUUACUACGACAAAGCAUUCGAGAUUACUUGUACAAACUAUUUAGCAGGUCCAACUCCUUUCUUACAACUAAAUAUUGAGUUGCCAUCUCAAGUUUUAGAACUCACACCGGACUACAUUCGAUUCACGGGAUGGUCUCUCCAAAAUUGUUACAAUAAAACAAGCGGAAAAGGUGAAUGGCCCAUUAAACCCACGCCAUACUUAGCUGAAGAUUCACCCUUCUUCUUCUCAAGUACUCAUAGUAAGUUAACAGGUGUCGGUUGUGAUAUUUUUGCUUACAUUCCUUUGGAAAACAGUAAAAAUUAUGUAAGUGGUUGUGCAUCAUUUUGUGCUAAAUCAAAUGUUGGUAAGUUGAAGUCUUGUUCAGGUGGUAAUGGCUGUUGCCAAACGGAUAUACCUAAAGGACUCAAAUCUUUUCUCAUCCAGGUUCAGAGUAUAAAUACAAACAACAGGUCUUGGAUCAACAAUCCCUGCAGCCAGGCUGUUGUAAUUGAUAAGACAUAUUCAGGGAAUUAUCUUGAUGGUUCGAUUAAAUCCAUCUCGAAUGUGACGUCUGUGCCUAUGGUUUUGGAUUGGGCGAUCGGGACUAUAUCAUGCAAUGAAGCAAAAAGAAACGCUUCCUCUUAUGCAUGUGGCGAUAAUAGUGAAUGUUUUGAGUCUGAUAAUGGCCCUGGUUAUAGAUGCAACUGCUCAAUUGGUUAUAAAGGAAAUCCUUAUCUUGGAUGUCAAGAUAUCGAUGAAUGCCAGGAAAAUGCAAAUAAAAGUAUUUUAUGCCAAAAAGGAACAACUUGCAAGAAUACCGCAGGAAGUUACUCUUGCGAAUGUCCGCGUGGUUACCAUGGUGAUGGUAGAACGGUACUGGGAGCAGUCAGUUGCACACGUGACAGUAAAACAAUACCUGUGGUCAUGGUGGCAUCAUUAGGUGUUGGAAUUGAUAUCUUUAGAAUAAUUUUGAUUGGAUUAGGAUUUUGGUUGUACUAUCGACUCGAGAAAAGAAAGCAAAAUAUACUGAAACAAAGACAUUUUAAGAGAAAUGGUGGAUUACUAUUACAACAAAAGAUUUCCUCACAUGAUGGCACAAUUGAAAAUGAAACUAAAGUCUUUUUCACAGAAGAAUUAGAAAGGGCUACUGAUAAUUUCAACCAAAAUCGUAUUAUUGGUAAGGGAGGCUUCGGAACUGUUUAUAAGGGCAUGUUACCAAAUGGUAGAAUAGUAACUAUUAAGAAAUCUAAACUCGUAGAUGAAAACCAAGUUGAUCAGUUCAUCAAUGAAGUUGUUAUUCUUUCACAGAUAAAUCAUAGGCAUAUAGUAAAACUAUUAGGUUGUUGUUUAGAAACUGAAGUUCCAUUACUGGUUCAUGAAUAUGUCACCAACGGGGCUCUCUCGUACCAUCUUCACGGUGAAGAUGGUCAUGAUUCUUCAAUUUCAUGGAAAGACCGGUUAAGAAUUGCGUCGGAGAUUGCAAGAGCACUAGCGUAUUUACACUCUGAAGCAUCUAUACCGAUCUUUCGUAGAGACAUUAAACCUGAAAACAUACUCCUAGAUGAGAAUUACAAAGCUAAAGUUUCUUAUUUUGGACUAGCAAGAUCAAUUCCUAUAGACAAAACACACGUAAAAACAAUGGUGCGAGGAACCUUGGGUUAUUUAGAUCCAGAAUACUAUUAUUCUGGUCAAUUUACAGAAAAGAGUGAUGUUUAUAGUUUUGGAGUACUUCUUGUGGAGCUUCUAACUGGGCAAAAAGUUAUUUUGGCAACCAGGACUGAACAAAAUUUGGCAUUUCAUUUCUUAAUAUCUAUGAAACAAAAUCAAUUAUUUGAUAUUUUAGAAGCUAGUGUUGUUAAUGAAGGAGAUAAAGAUGAGAUCUUGGUUAUUGCUAAGCUUGUAAAGAAAUGCUUAAAAACGAAUGUUAGAAAAAGGCCGACUAUGAAAGAAGUAGCAACUAGUUUGGACAGGUUUCCAAAGUUUCAAGAACCAUCAACGGGUGAUGAUCAUCAGGAGAAGUCCUUAGCAGUGCGAGAUUGUCAAAACCCGAUAUCUUUAACAAGUGGCGCAUUCGAGUCGCAAGACACUGAAACUGAUUCGUACGUUUUAUGUGGAGACUCAAUAGAGUUUGAGAGUGCAAAUUCAGUGGGUUUUGGAUGUAGGCCUACGAAAUUGCGGCUUGGUUUGGCGACUUGGCCGCUCGGUUCUGAAUAACUAGGUUCGCGGUCUCGUCCGCCUGACUAGGUUGUUUGUCGAUCUGGUCGUCGGUUAUGCUGCGCCCG